GCCUAGCAACACCCUUUGAAUAUCUUCUCAAAAAAAAAAACCUCAUUUGUAUACUCUGAAAUUAAACAACCUACCGCGAGCAUUACAACUCAAAACCCUAGCUGCGCUGCAUGUAGAGUAGUGCGCACGGAAGAGAAGCCAAAUAUGGAUUCUUCAAAAUCACCAUCCGUUCCUCGCCUUUCCGAUCGAGAUCCUCCAAUUUCGGUUCCAAUUCAGAGAGAGGCAGCAACUGAUCAAGACCUCAAACGCAAGGCAUUGGAAUAUAUUACCAACCUUCGAAUCUACUAUGAUGCACCUAGAGAUCAACCAAUUUCGAUUCCAAUUCGGAGAGAGGGAGAAAGUGAUCAAGACAUCAAAUGCGCUAAAUUGGCAUUGGAAUAUUAUAACAAGAGAAACGGGAAGAAGUAUGAACUUGUGGAGGCUGGGUAUAGUACUGUCUUUUUAUAUCGUGGCAUGUGGUUUCACUGCAACUUCAAGGCUAAGCCAUGCAGGAAUACUUGCGGAGAUGGGAAUGAGAAGGCCUCCACCAAAUCCUUCUUUGCUGAGCUUCGUGUGGAUUCUGAACUUGGAAGAAGAGUUGUUACUGCCUGUCGUAUUUUAAGAGGGAAACCUAUUGGUGGUUGUCAGUUUUGCUACAAUAUUAUUGCUCAUCCUACCCAUGGAUUUCGUAUGGGCCUCUGCCGUGAUAAACUCCGUGCAUUGCGUUCUAAUCGGAUCGCGUCCCGACCAAGACUGGAACCGGGACCAGACCGCCCGAAUACCCGGAAUUGCCUAGAACUGGAUUUAACCGGGUUAGACUCGGGCUUCUCUUACCAAUGAUCGGGACCACCCAUAAUGAUGAUAAGUGAUAAUAAAUGAAGAUUAUUUCAUAAUCAUCAAAUACUUGUUCGGACUUUUUGUAUAGCUUGCAUCAAUUGAUCAAGCAAUACUUUUUGUACAACUCCUACAUGGCAUACUUGUUGCUCAUGUUAUUGAUUACGCUAUUUGUUUUAACUUGGGUUUUACUUGUAUACUAUUAAUUGGUUGAUCUUUUGCAUCUCUACGCCUAGGUUAUUCAUAAAUUCUUGUAUAGGUUAAAUGUAAUUUCUAGAGUGUCUUUCAUGAUUGAGAAUAUUUGGUGUUAAGUUGUAAUCUUUUGCGGUCCCAAGUCCUAAUUUGGUCAGUAACUUGAUAUUUUCAUGACAAGUCAAAUGGAGUGGCAGUUGUUAUUUUUUGGCGAAACUAUUAGCUUAAAUAAGAUCCUACAUAUACUUAAAUGACAUUCAAGGCAUUUUCCAAGAUCCCUAGCUCCAUGCAUGAAUACAUAGACGCUCUAAUUAGUAAUUAGCUUGACUAUUAACUUAAAUAAGAUACUAUUUGAUGAAUAAGUGAAUGAAUAUGUAUGCAUGUAUGUAUGCACAUUUUAUUAUGUAAUCCAAUUCAGUCUUUAACAAAUGGGGAUUUACACCUGGGUUGUCAGUUCAAGUUUGGUGGAUGAUGUCUCUGGACAUAGCCUCGUCUGAUUUCUGGGAUGGCGUUGCUUGCAAGGAAAUCUUCUGAAUGUGGAUGCUGGAGUUUUUUUUUUAUUGAUUUCAGAAAUUAGCAAUGACCUCCUUUCAGGUUUGAUAUACUAUCACUCACAUCCCUGCACUAUAAAAACUGCACUCUCAGUUAAUGAUGGCUAAGUAAAAAUAUAAAAAAUGAUCAGAAUGGACUUGAUUGAAAAAAUUCAACCAAAAGAACCAUGAUUUAAUAAAAUUACACCAUUAAAAGGGAACAAAAUUAAAAUUUGAAGGACUUUAUCUAAUUUCUCAAAAUAUAAAUUACAAGUUACUUAACCAUCAUCAAAUGAUAGAGUGGUAAGAGUACAUUUUUGAUACUGCAGGAGUGUGCGUUAUACUACAAAUGUACUAAACUUCAAGGGAGGUCAAUAAUAAUUUCCUUUUAUUUUUGUUCCUUGGGUGUUGUUGGUGUCAAUCACUUGGGUUCAAUUCCAAGGGCUUGGCUUCUAUAUUGUCCUAUUUUGCUACUUUGUUGAGGUUCUAAAAUGUUUAGUGACUUGCAUUUUAGACAAGACAUGUUUAUUUAUUUAAACAAAUUCUACCUUAACUUGUUACUACUACAAUUGUAGACCACUUACUCAAAAGAUUUUUCUUUAAAUAUUACUUCCUCCGG